AUGCCCGAGUGGUAUAAUACUCUCCAAGAAGAUGGAACUCCAAGCUCUGUCUCGGCCUUUUUCUCUCCAGGGGCGCCAACGCUGGGAUCGAUCGUUGGCCGGACGGGGAAGUUGAAAGGCAAUGACUUUCACUCCGUUUCGUGUCUGCGUGUCUCUCUGGCAAUAUUAGCAUCCAUGGCAGCGAUUGCACUGCUCGUAGUUUCCUGUUCGCGCCUUUUGGAGAGACGGCCGCUCCAGGAACUUCGAAGCCGCAAGCUGGCCAGCUCAGAAGAGAGCGGCGUGCAGAUGGAUAUUUGCGGCGACACUCGUGAAGAAGAGGAGGAACAAGAGAACCACAGUCCGCAUCCUCCCAACUUGCCAGGUGGCGGAGAACGGCAUCUGCCCCUUAAGAAGAGAUUGUUGCAGGAAAGAGAGCGACAGCACUGGCAAAGCAAGGUACAGUGGGACGAUCAGGAAGAGCUUUACCCUCAGCAGCAGCAGCAGCAGCAACUGAAUUGGCAGUACCUUCUUUGGCAGCACCAGCUGCGCCAAGUGCAACAGGAGCAGGAGCACCAGAACGGCAAAGCCAACUGCAUUCUUCGCAGGUGCGUCCCCAGACAGAGCCAGAUGCAGCAACGGGACUGCUGGAUUCCCGCCAUCACCACCAUGCUGAUGGACAUUUUGCUUCACGCUCAAGGCAACCUGUCCCCAUACAGCCGCGUCAGCAACAACAGCAGGAACAGCAGUUCCUGA